ACACUUUUACAACUACCUAAACCACCGCCCAGACCUAGGACGCAACAAUGUCAAUCACGCCGUUUAAGAGAAGAGUCUGUUAUUUUUACAACAGUGACAUAGAAAACUUUUAUUAUGGACAAGGUCAUCCUAUGAAAAUACAUAGGAUUCGAAUGACUCAUAAUUUGCUUUUAAAUUACGGUUUAUACCAAAAAAUGAGAAUAUAUAAACAUCAAAAAGCAACUGCAGAAGAAAUGACCCAAUUUCAUAGUGAUGAGUAUAUACGCUUCUUACAAUGUAUUCUUCCAGAUAAUAUGAAAAAAUAUAAUAAAGAAAUGCAAAAAUUCAAUUUAGGUGAUGACUGUCCAGUUUUUGAUGGUUUAUACGAAUUUAGCCAGCUAUCUGCGGGCGGUUCAGUAGCAGCAGCUAUACAGUUAAAUAGGCAUUCUACAGAUAUUUGUAUAAAUUGGGCAGGCGGUCUCCAUCACGCAAAAAAAUCUGAAGCCAGUGGAUUUUGUUAUGUUAAUGACAUCGUACUUGCUAUAUUAGAAUUGCUUAAAUACCAUCAACGAGUAUUGUACAUCGAUAUUGAUGUUCAUCACGGUGAUGGCGUUGAAGAAGCAUUUUACAUUACUGAUAGAGUUAUGACAGUUUCAUUCCACAAAUAUGGCAAUUAUUUCCCUGGUACUGGCGAACUUACAGACAUUGGAGCUGGAAAAGGAAAAUACUAUGCAGUUAACAUUCCCUUAGGAGAUGGAAUGGAUGAUGAUAGUUAUGAAUCAAUAUUCGUUCCAAUAAUUACUAAAGUAAUGGAGACUUUCCAGCCUAGUGCAAUUGUAUUACAAUGUGGAGCAGAUUCACUUACAGGAGAUAGACUUGGAUGUUUUAAUUUAACUAUUAAAGGUCAUGGUAAAUGUGUUGAAUUUGUGAAACUUUAUGGUGUACCUAUUCUUAUGGUUGGUGGAGGCGGUUAUACUACCCAAAAUGUAUCUCGAUGUUGGACAUAUGAGACGGCUGUGGCCUUAGGAGUUGAAAUUUCUAACGAAUUGCCGUAUAAUGACUAUUUUAAAUACUUUCUACCAGAUUCCAAACUCCAUAUUAGUCCUUCAAAAAUGAAAAAUACAAAUAGCACUAAAUAUUUAGAAAAAAUUAAAAACCGAAUCUUCGAAAACUUACGAAUGCUACCUCAUGCCCCAGGAGUUCAAGUCCAAGCUAUUCCUGAAGACGGUAUACAUAGUGAGUCUGAAGAUGAAGAUAAUGUUAACCCAGAUGAACGGAAUCCUCAGUCCAUUACAGACAAACAAAUUACACCUGACAAUGAGUUUAGCGAUAGUGAAGAUGAAGGAAUGGCUCCCCGAGUAGGGGAUGGAGGCCGAAAAGAUAACAGGUAUAGCCACUGUUUUAUUUUUCCUAUUAUAAUAUUCCAUGUAGGUAUAUAAAAAUGUUUUUGUUUU